AUGUUCCAAAUCCUUACAAUGCUGUUGCUAGAAAUACAGCUCUCCAUGGUUUCAGGUGAGAGAGAAUUAUUUACAGUUGAAGUUCCUCAACAGCUAUAUGUUGUGGAGUAUGGGAGCAACGUGACCAUGGAAUGCAGAUUCCCUGUGAACGGUUCGUUAAAUCUAGGACUCUUGACUGUUGUUUGGGAGCAAAAAAGGCAGGGCCAGACAAAAUCAAAAGAGGUGUACACACUCCGCAAUGGGAAGGCAUUCCCUCCAUCCCAACAUCACCAUUACAUAGGAAGAGCAGCACUUCUGCACAGUGAACUGAAAUUGGGACGAGCUAUCCUUCAGAUCACCAGCGUGAAGAUCACAGAUGCGGGAUCAUACCUUUGUCUCAUUGACUACCAGGGCGUGGACUACAAGUACAUUACUUUGCAAGUAAAAGCAUCCUACAAGAGAAUAAACACUCAAGUAAUGAGAAAACCAGGUGAAGACAAGUUUGUUUUUAUGUGCCAGUCAGAAGGCUUUCCUCUGGCAGAGGUUUUCUGGCAAAAUGAGAAGAACUUGAACCUCAGUGGAUCUGCAAAUACCACAUACAAGCUGACUGCAGAUGGCCUCUACAAUGUCACCAGCAUCUUGACGUUCAAACCAAAUAUGAGUGAGAACUACAGCUGCAUGUUCUGGAAUAAAGAACUGAAUGGAGAAACUUCAGCUCACAUUUCCACUUUAGCUUUAAUGAGUACACAGUAUAGUGGACAAAAAUCCCUGAUCUUAUUUAUCGUUCCCAUGUGUGUGAUGGUAGCUGUCCUUACCACUGCACUAAUAAUCUUUCAAAAGAGAAAAUCAUUCAAGAAUGGGCAACUCAAAAAAGACAGGAAAAGAAAACGGAGCCCUAACCUGAAAGAUGAGAACA